CUACCUCCAUGGUUGAACAUAAAGCUACCGCGCUAUGCUAUUGUGAAGUCAAUAUCAAAGAACUACUUGUAAGUAGUGAACGUUACUGAAGCUAGCUGAGUCGUGUGCCAUUGCUUUUAAAUACGAACGUGAUAGCCACACACAGCGUCAGUUGAGAUCCACGGUGCUCGACACGUUGGUGGUUGCAUGUUGGACCGGUAGUAAACUGCCCGUGAUUCUGACCGGGUGAACCGGUAUACCUCGACGUGACGGCCACGGUUAAGGGCCGGGGCGCUGUCUCAAGUCUACAGGGCAGGAACUCUAUAAGAUUCUCGGCAUGGAGCUGAUAUGGUUGUGUUGCGUUUGGAGCAAUAUGAAGCACGCACGAGUUCAAGAGGUUUUGCAGCUGACUCUCUUAUAUUGUGCGUGCCUUCUGCCCAUAGUCUCUGCACAGAUGGACAAGGUCAACCUACACAUCGCUACUUUUAACAUGAACGGGGCCUCCGGUGAGGUACAUUUCUGGGAGAUGAACCCCGGACCAGCUGUCACGAUCAGCGUUGGUUUAGUUGGUCUAGCACCGGGUAACUAUACAUGGUCAAUCCACGAGAAGCCAAUGUUAUACGGUCAACGACCGUCGUGUGACGCUGCACUCCUUGGUGGUGUUUACGCCCACGGUGGUGACUUGACGGCUGCCCACAAUACCAGUCAAGUACUAGCAAAUGGCAACUGGAGUGGAGACUAUACCAACCACGUGAUCACCCUGACCGGACCGCAAAGCAUCACGGGACGAACUCUCGUCUUACAGGAGGUUGGGACUAUGACAAAGUACUGCGCGCAGGUUGCCAACUCUCGCGCUGUGCUGACGGCAGUGGCGAGAUUUGACGAGCCGUUUGCGGGCACGGUCACAUUCCGUCAGGAGAGGGACGACCGGCAGGCUGUGACGUCAAUCUUUGUGGAGCUUUAUAACGUCAUUGACCCCUCGGCCCAAAUGACAUACUCCUGGAGAAUCAGCAGCAAUAGUGGGUUUGAGAUUUCAAUGGAUCUCGAGACUCGGUGCGAGAGAACAAACUCCGAGGUGUACAACCCGACCGGAGAUGACGUCACGACAUGUGUGAACGACGACCCGAAGAGUUGUCCGAUCGGAGACCUCUCUGGAAAGUUUGAUGACGUCACCGUUGAGCCCAUCCCAUCAUACUCGACGUACUACGUUAUUGAUACCAACUUGCCGUUGUCCGGCGAGUAUUCAGUGUUGGGGAAAUCACUGGUAUUCAGCGGCGUCGACGGUGUUCUCCUAUCAUGUGCGCAAAUUACGGAACUGCUACCCAAAUCAGUGAAAGCUUUAUUUAGUGUCAAUGAUGUAUCAGGAACCGCCAUGUUUCAUCAAAACUCUCCUUAUGACGUCACUAAGAUUGAAGUAGAUCUGAAGAAUCUUCGAGCAAUGGCGGGUGGUUUCCACGUGCACGUGUUACCUCCGCCACCUCGUACCUACGCCAGUGACGAACCAGCAAGUUCGAACAACGUUGCCGGUCACUUCAACCCGUACGAAAUUGGGUCUGCCCCGCAGCCUGGCUUCGGCACGAACGACCAGUACGAGGUUGGAGACCUGAGCGGCAAGUUUGGUCUCCUGACGGGUCAUGACAAUUUCAACGAAACGUUUUACGAUUGGAACUUGCCUCUUUACGGACAAAACAGCGUCAUCGGACGGUCACUUGUGAUUCACAAGAGUGCGGGUGACCGUUGGGUGUACGCAUCUAUCGGGUACCCGACCCAACAAAAGACGGUCAAAGCAGUCUUCACGUCUCCGGCUGUUGGAAAGAUCGUCUUCCGGCAGGACGUGAACAACCCCGACGCAGACACCUCCAUUUACAUCGAGAUGGCGUACGCUGACGGCACGGGGACCACUUACGGCCACAACUGGCACGUACAUAAAACGGCCGUCGGGAAUGAUUAUACAACCAAAGACAAACGCUGCGCAAGUUGUGAGGGUCAUUUCAACCCGUUUGGUGUGCGGCUUGAUGAGGGUUAUGCUCAGUGCUCACCGGAAUACCCACUACGCUGCGAGCUGGGAGAUCUAGCCAAGAUGCUUGGCCAGCUCACCAUCACGACUACGAUGAACGCCGGGUCGGGUAAGUUGUUCUUCACGGCGACUCGGCUGCCUCUUAGCGGCGCGUACUCCGUUACCGGACGCUCUAUCGUCAUCCACGAGACCAACGGCGGUGGUCCCAGGAUAGCGUGCGCCGGAUUAUUGGAGAUCCCGCCCACGGAAAGCACAGCAGAGCUAUGGUCCGAUGGUCCGGUAUCUGGAGAUGUUACCUUCAAACAGGACUCGGACUUCGAUCCGGUACAAGUUCACAUCAAUAUUGCCGGAUUGAGCAGCGUUGCCGGUGGGUGGCACGUCCAUAAGUUGCCCAUCGAUGGGGAGAGCAAGUCGGCCCCGUGUAGCUCCGCAAGCGUGCAAGGACACUACAACCCUUUUGGGAUCAUUGGUUCCCCUCCCAGCGGCACGCAAGACAUGUACGAGAUGGGGGAUCUAAGCGGUAAAUUUGGAUCCUUCUCCGGGAUACCAGACACAAUGACUCACGUAUACCAUGACACCAACUCGGCACUCGCAGGGUCGCGUAGUAUUAUCGGUCGCUCUAUGGUGAUUCACAAGAGCGAGGAUGGGUCGAGAUGGGUUUGUGCCACACUCGACCGUAAAACACAUGAAGAUGACUUCAUCAUGCGAGCAAGAGCUGACGUCACAACAGCAGACUUCACUGGUUACUUGAAAGUGAGUCAGACGAGAUACCAUACCGGAGCACUAAGUGACACCACUGUGGAGAUUGGACUAUAUUCUAACAACGCACAGACCGACAUAUUUUACUGGAACUUUCGUCCUGGGCGAAUUAUGGAUGGGUGCCUCGGUUUCGCAGAGGUCUUCAACCCAUAUGGUGUAAUGAUAGAUAUUGAUUAUGACACUCAAUGCGACACGAAGAGCCAGUUCCGGUGUGCGGUCGGUGACAUGACUGGCAAGAAUGGCAACAUCAGCAGUACCGUCAAACGAGCCGUUUUCACCGAUGUCAAUUUGCCGCUCUCUGGUCGGGCCUCGGUUAUGGAUGUCCCCUUCCAUUUGACCUCAACGAAUACGGGUCAACUCGCAUGCAGCACCCUGCAGCCUGACAGUGAAACGGGACGUGCGGAAUACUUGACAUUCCCAACUACAACUUCAUUUGAUCCCUACAAGUUUCGGCAAAAGAUGCGAGACUCAAUGAACUUUCUUGAGAUGUGGCAGGUGGUUGCUGUGCAGGAUCCCGUGGUGGAUCAAUCUACUGGUUGCUCAACACUCAAAUUCUACCUCAUUGGGCCAAACGCUGAUGAAAUGCACAACGAAUUCAAGAGGAUGGAACAGGCUGGUAACCUCGGCGAGUACUCACCCACGUCAUUAUGCAAAGUGGACGACGUGAGUGGAGCGCCUACUGCCAUCACCAGCCCGAGCAGGGCCAUUCUAGCCGCUGUCAUGACGCUUCACUUAGCUCUGGUAGUACUCCAACUUUCGCGCUAAAACACAAUCACUUUUCUCAUAAUUUUAGCACCGACUAGGGUCCAAUCACAUAGAGCUGCUUAAGAAGCAAAUUAUUGUGGACGUUUUCUGCUAAGCAAGAAUAGCCAGGAAACAGUAUACAAU